CCCGCAUGAAACAAUUUUGGGAUGAAGGUAAAGCACUUUCUAUUUCUGUUCACACCAUUAACCUUUUUCACCAUCAUCCCCAACAUUGAAUCGCCUAAAUUCUGCUCAAGAUUGGAUAUUGGAUAAUCGAAUAAUCACAUACAAUCUCAACUACGAUUCAGGCCAAUGCGCAGGUCUGAAUAGUAUCAAAUUCAAAUCAUCAUCUUAUCAGCUUUAACUCAAUCUUACUCCAAAUCAUACUUAACACAUCCCCUUCACCCCGUACAAAAUGUCAUCUUCACCCAUCGCAACAACUUCUGCCAUCUUGGGAGCAUCAUCUGCCGGUUGGUCUCCUCAAAGAUCACCACGUAGACAAAUGAUGUCAUCAAGUGACACAGGCGAUCAAACACCUUCAGAUUUCGGAAGUGAACAAGGAAGUCCUUCACGUAUGCGCGUACCUGAACAUCGUGCUAAUUUGGGAUCAUUACGUUCGCAUGGAUUGGUGAGCAAUAGCAUCUUCAAAAGUGCAGGUGGAAAUUCAUCACCACAAAGUGCAUCAAAUUAUUCGCCCAGUCAAUCACCUUCCAGACAAUCUCCCAAUCGUAUGUCCGCAGCAUCCCCAAAUAGCCAGCAAAGAUUCGGAGUUGGCUUGGGUAUUAGCGCAACACCAUCGAAGUCAAGCACUUCAAGUCCAUCAAAAACCAUCUCUUUCAUACGCUCAACAUCGAACUCAAGCAUCAAUUCCAAUCAGUCAAACUCUGAUGCUGAGAAUGAAGGCAAUGUUGUUCGCUAUACACAAAAUUCACCAAGAAAGAGCACAAACUUCAAACGACUAGAAAAGGCCAAUUAUGUGAGCAAUUCACCAUUCCGCAGAAAUGGCACAUUCGAAAAUGCACAAGCCGAUUUCGAAUUGCCCGAUAAUGCUUGGGCUAGAAGUGCCGCUUUGUCUCAUGCUAAUCGUUCCCCAAAUAGAGAGUUGCAACCAAGCAGAUUCGGUACAGAAGAUCAGACAGACGCAUCAAAUGCAACAAUACGUCCUCAAACACCCGAAAGAACACCAGAACGUCUUGCAACAGCUCAUGGACAAGGUGAAGUAGAUCUUUGCACGCCUACAUCCAACGGUACUCCACGCAAUGGUCGCCGGUCGAUCAUGAAUGCAUCUGCCGUGGAUUCACCUUCAUCGGCCAAAGGAUUGUUGACAUCCAAUCGUCUUCAUGGACCAAGAUCAAUGUUGGAGUCCGGCUCAGGUACCGAUAGCCCAAUGGAAAGUCCUACAAAACGUGAAAGACGAAAGACUGUUACGUUUGAUGAAGUUUUGGACGUACAAGAAUUCGACCGAGAAAGCAGUUUCGAUCGCGAAAGUAUGCAAAGCGCAAGCAGCGAUUCGGGAAGCUUGAAUGGCGCUCAACGUCAUCUGUCUUUCGACAGUGACGGUAUUCAACGGGAGCACAGCGGUGGCAGUAGCUCAGACGACGAUGCUAUGUGGCUUCAAAGCGAUCUAGGAGCACAAAAAGUGGUCGAAAGAUUGAUGGUGGUCAAUGCAAGCCCAGAAAGUCAAUCGUCGGCGUUUUCCACGCCCGAUUUGAUGGAUGCACCAAGACAUCAAGAGAUGCAAUCACGCGCACAACAACAGCAACAACAGCAAGACGCACUCAAUGAUGCUUCAUCAAAUGAUAGCCGUGAACUCUCUUCGAUCGAUGAGCCUCAAAGUCCACAAGCUGGAGAUAUGUCCUUAUCACACAGUGAGGAUAAGAGCUAUCGUACUGCAGCAGAUGGUACUAUCUAUCAUGAUGGUCCAUACGUUGAGGGCGAUUCUGACGUUAGUGGCGGUAAUUUGAGCGCUUAUGGUGCCUUGCAUCGUGUCGAGAGCAUGGUCGAUGAAUUGUUGGGAGACGAAUUGCUAGAUGGACAUGCAAAGGAACAACAGCAACAACAAGAACAAUUUGUCCCUCAUCCUGCAAUGCGCCUUCAGGAAACGCAACAAGAGGAAGAUCAAGACGGAUCUGACAACCAAAUUUGUGACAGUCCUCCUCGACGCAGAAGGGCUGCUGGACCAAAAUUGGGCGAAGAAAUGAAAGCUGCUAAAGCUUUACCUCACCCUCCUGCGAAACCGACACAAAUGCAACCAGUUCCACUUUCUCUACCCGAAUGGAGUCCUUUGAUGAAGGAAGACAACACAACUUCAACUUUUGCUCCUGAGAAGCCCAGUAACAGGAUGAUGGCUGGAAGGGCAACCGGACCGUCAGUUCCAACAAAUGUUGCCCCUGCUCAAGCUAUACAAUCACCGCGAACGAAUGGAAGGCCUCACAUCUCUCGGGAUGCUGUGCUUCAACGUGUAGCAAAGGAGAAGAUGUUGCAGCAGGAGCAGCAAGAAAGGAAGCUUGAUCGUACCCCAGAAGUAGGAACUGAGAAGGAUGCAGAAGUGGCCAAACCUCAGAAACCAUUGACUUCCUCUUCACGUCGAUCUGAACCUGAGCGAAGACAAUCGCCUCAAAUGGACAUGACCAGAAAGGAAGAUGCUACACAAGCAAUCCAAGUUGCUGCACAGCAAGUUGGACCGACCAGGCAAGUCGCUUCAGGCGAGCAGCGAUCACCACUUGAAAGGCUUGCAACUGAGCUAGAUGCUGAAGUGGCAGCAGAAGAGCAAAGGAUGAGGAAAGAACAAGAUCAAAGCGUGAACGAGAGUACACGUUCUUCUUCUUCCUCUUCUUUGCCCCCAAUCGAGAAAGCUUCCGAAUCUUCAGCGGGUACUAGCAGUAAACAAUUGCUUGACGCAAAAGUUGACCAAGAUGGGUUCGAGUCAGGAUUGAGACGUGAAUUCAGUCGUAUUUAUCGUCAAGGCGAUUCAAAGUAUCACGUUAAGGAUCGAGGUGCUUUCACAAGUCUUGUUGCUCCUGAGCUUGGAAGGCCGGCAGCAGCUGGCCAAGAAAAAAGAAGCGAGAGCAAUGCCGAACAAGAAGGUGCAAAGAAAGAGUCUGGCAAAGCAUGGCGUAAAUUGCGAAGACCAAGUGAUAUGAACGAAUAUGCCAAAGAAAUGCGAGAGUAUCGUGCAAAAGAAAACCCGAAAAAGGUUGCUGGAAAGGUAUUUGUCAUGGUUGAUUCAUUCACACCAGCCAAUUUGCCUAUCCCAUCAAAACCAACCCGAUUCUAUUGUGUUUUGGAUAAUGGCCUUCAUGUCGUUCGAACUGCUACUGCUGGAUUACGCACCAACGGACCGAGUAAGGUUGGACAAGAGUUUGAGUUGAUCCAACAUCGAAACUUGACAUUCAAUUUGACCUUGGUCGCUCAAAGAGACAGUCAUCUUCAGGAGCCUUCUCCACUUCCUGCAAAUGAAUCAAGCCCAUCUUCUAGCAUGAAACGUGAUCGAAUGACGCCAAGUUUCUCUCGUGGCGUUGGCAAGUUGUUUUCCAGUCCCAAAAAGCGUCAAGCAAGCAGUGCAGCUUCCAUUUACGCAACAUCAUCGAAUUCAAUUGCUGAUCAAGCUAGAUCUUUUGAUCCUUUGAUGACUUUUAUGAAUCGUGAAGGUGCUUUCGGACAAAGUGAAGUAGUUUUCGAGCAAAUCGCUCAAGACUGUUUGGCACAAUGUCAUAUUGUCGAAUUACCGGUAAGAGCUGUUGCUGAACCACCUGCACCUGCUCCUCAAUCAACUGCGACAGAUAUGUACAAUGCCGCUUCCACUCCAGCUCGCGUACCUGCCCUUGCAGCAGAAUUCUCUCGAAACUUCAACAAGAUAAGAGGAACGUUGCGAUUGAAGGUAUUCUAUCUGCCUCCGAUGCCUGGCAUCUCCAAAUCUUUGUUACCUGAAAGCUUGAGCGAAUGCAUCAAAGGAAUGGAAUCUGCUCGUUGGCAUGCAGGACAACCUUGGAUGGAAGGUACGCUAACCCAAUUAGGAGGUGAUUGUCAAAGUUGGAGAAGAAGACCGGUGAAAGCUCAAGGCGCACAUUUGAUCGGUUUCAAUGAAAUCACAAAGAAGCCAACGGUCAAGAUUGAUUUGAGCAAAGCAAUUUCCAUCGAAGAAAAUCAUGAUCCUCAUAAAAAGACGGGAGGAAAAGCAUACAACGAUGAUGAUGAAGAAUUUGAUGAAACAUAUCAUGUUGAACGAUCAUUCCGAAUCACGUUUAAAGAUGGUGAAAGAAUCUUCUUCUUUGCUGAUACAGAUGAAGAGAUGCACAGAUGGCUAAACGCUUUGAGUAAAAUCGUUGGAAAUUCUCAAAUUCCACCACAAUGUGCUUGGUCUCAAUUGGCAUUGGAUAUGUUGCGUGCAAAACGAACAAAUUCAAACGAAAUCCGGGCUUCUGAUCGACCUAUUCAUUCCAGCACCUCUAACGCAAUGUCCAAAACUUCUCUAGGCCCAAGCAAAUCCCACUUGCCGCAGGAAAGACAGACGAAGCUUUCUCCUACUCGCGAACAAGACGAAUGAACAUUAUUGAAUUGGCAUCAUUCUUUGAUGAAACGAACUUUUAUUUCUCAAAAUAAACCACAACCCUACAUUUUUCUCUUUUUAUUUUGUCUUCUACUCCGUACCUUUUUCUCUCUCUUCUUUUCGUAGCAGCUAGCCGAUCCCGACUCUUGCUCUUUCUCUUUCGCAGCGCUACAAAUUACUCUUGUAUAUACAACCGAUUCAUUUUAAAGAUGG